AUAACUAAGUCAGAGGAGAUGUUGUGUGUAUUUGAAAGACGAAAUUUUGUGGGUAAAAACGGGAUUUACGAUAUUAGGUGUCAUCAGCUGCACGGACCUACAUUUCCCUGGUUUUUGGGUGUAUGUAGGUCUGGGGUGGUGUGCGGAGGUUUACCUAUUUUAAUUUGGAAGUCGGCGGAAGAGUAG